AUGUCAGCAACUUCGGUGAGGGGUGUUGAGAGCCCGCUAUCGGUGCGGAGGCGUGUGUUGGUGAUAAUAACGGGUGGUACGAUCUGUAUGCGUCCGUCUGCGGAGGAGGGUGUGACGAUGUCUGAUUUAUCAUGUACACCGUUGGAGUGUCAGUUGCGUAGUUUGCCUGAGUUACAAGGAGCAUCACUGCCAUCGUUUGAUGUGGUGGAAUGGGAGGUAUUAUUAGACAGCAGUGAUGUAGCAUUGGAGCAUUGGUGUCGAUUGGUGGGUACAAUAAGUGCGAAUUAUGAUAAGUAUGACGGAUUUGUUGUAUUGCAUGGUACAGACACACUGUCAUUUACGGCUUGCGCUUUAAGUUUUAUGUUGGAGAAUUUGAGCAAGACGGUUGUUGUAACAGGUGCUAUGUUGCCAGUAUCGCAUAUUAACACGGAUGCUAAGCGUAAUGUUGCUGUUAGUUUAUUAGUGGCAGGUUACAGUGGUGCAUGUGAGGUGUUGGUAUGUUUUGGAACUCGUAUAUUAAGAGGCAAUCGUGUUGUUAAGAUGAAUUGUAAUAUAAUGGAUGCAUUUGAUACACCUAAUUGUAGUCAUCUUGGUCAGAUUGGUAUUGAUAUUACGUUGGAUCAUAAUUAUUUACGUCCUCAACCAAAACAAUAUAUGACGCCAUUUACUAAUAUGCUCAUUAAUAAUGUAGUUGUGUUAAGAUUAACACCACAAUUCGAUCCUAUGAUCAUUCGACAAUUAGCCGUAACCGAAUGCGACCCAUUUGGAAUAAUUCUAGAACUAUUCGGAACUGGUACCGCUCCAUCCAACGAACGCUUUAUCAAGGCAAUACUAUUCGCUAUCACCUCUGGUGUUACCGUCGUCGCACUUACACAAUGUCCUAGCGGUACCUGCUCACUUCAAACGUAUGCCAACGGUAAUUAUCUACAUAAACUCGGCGUCAUUGAAGGCAAAGAUAUCACUACUGAAGCAGCAUUUACCAAACUAGCAUACCUAUUCGGUAAAGGAUUCAAAGACGAAGAACUUAGAGCUAUGAUGGAACAAGACCUACGCGGAGAACUGCACUCGCACACACACAAAAUUACUGGACAAGCAACUCUAAAUCCGACCCUAGAAACUGUACCAUUAGAAGAUAAUAAACAUUGCCAACUCAGCGUCGCACACUGCCAACGACUCAACGAAAAAAAAUACGAAGCAUAG